AUGAACGAUAAUAUCUCGGUUCUCAUCCAAAUCACAGGAAACACUCAGAUUCUAUUCUGGAGAGAUCCUAGCUUGGGAAGGCGCAGAGUGACUGGAUCCAUUAUGUUGGCCGCCCGUCACGAUGAAAAUAAUGCGUGUUGGAGUGUCAAUGGCAUUGGAAGUUUGAGUGCAACCGAGUUUGGGGAUAUGAUGACGGAGGCAAGUGUCCUUCUGAACUCUGCAUCGGCCUGA